AUGGAAUCUUCAAAGAAGAGGAAGAGUAGAGGUGAUGGAAUGUUUGUGUAUGUGGCUGAAACAUUGGCCAAGUGGAGAGACUAUAAUGCUCAACUUGAGUCUUUUGAUGUUGAGGCCAAAUGUGCAUGUAAACUCCCGGCUAUGGGAUCGAAGAAGGGGUGUAUGAAAGGAAAAGGAGGGCCUGAGAAUCCACUCUGCAAUUACAAAGGGGUUAGGCAAAGGACUUGGGUUGAUGCUACCUUUGCUUACAAUGAAGCUGCUAGGGUAAUGUAUGGUGCCUAUGCACGACUCAACUUUCCGAAUUCUGUUGAUGACUCUACUACCAUGCCCAGUACAAGUGAGUCUACUGCCAUACCUAGUUUGGUAGAGGAUGAGUCUGGUGUAACAAGCUAUUCUGAGAAUAGUAGACUGGACCACUUUCUAGGUUGUUCUGAAAAUGAGUUUCUUGAUGUGCAAGAACUUAUGGCACUGUUAGACAAUGAUCCUCUUGGCUUCACAGAUUCAAAACUGAGUUUUGAUUAUGAUGGUGAUCGUCUCUACUAA